AUGAGUCCACCCAAAACGGAUGGAUUCGCUAGUGGAGGAGGAGGCGGCGGUGGCGGCUCUGAAGGCGAUGCUGAAGAAGGAAAUACUUCAGGAACUUCUGCCAGUCACUACUGCCCAUCCGGCCCGAACACGCUGGAGCUGCUGCAGAAGCACACCGAGAAGGCGCUGCAGGAGUCAAUGUCCGGCGGGAGCUUCCUGCUGAACGGGACCUCGGAAACGGGAGAUCUGCUCAGUUUUCGACGAGGAAAAGAUGGGAAGGAGGAGGCGGGAAGUCGCCAUCGCUGUCGCUACUGCGGCAAGGUCUUUGGCAGCGACUCGGCGCUGCAGAUUCACAUUCGCUCGCACACCGGCGAGCGGCCCUUCAAGUGCAACGUCUGCGGAAAUCGUUUUACCACAAAGGGCAACCUGAAGGUGCACUUUCAGCGGCACAAGGCGAAGUACCCGCACGUGAAGAUGAACCCCCACCCGGUGCCGGAGCACCUGGACAAGUUCCACCCGCCGCUGGAGCCGCCCUCCAAUUCGACGUCGCCGCCGCCCCAAUCAGGCCCGCCCGGGUACUUUGGUUCGGGUGGUGGUGGUGGUUCAGCUGGUUCCGGUGGUGGUCCCACCUCCUUCCACGCCAACAACUUUCACAUUCCUGCAAUAUUCAGCUCCACUUUGAUGCCCUUCGGUUCGGAGGAUUCUGUGGCUGUCAUCAGUAAACAGCCCACAGUUUCCACAGGAAAGACUUCAUCAGCUUUAGUGACGGAAAGUG